AUGCGCAUUCACUCCGGAGAGCGUCCGUUCACGUGUCUCGAGUGUGGGAAGAGCUUCACGCAGGCCACCAUCCUCAAAAACCACCAGCACUCGCACUCGGGAGAGAGACCGUUCAGCUGCGGCCAGUGCGGUAAAAGCUUCAUCUCAGCGAAGCACCUGAAGAUCCACCAGAAAAUUCACCAGAAGCUUUUCUUGUGCUCUUUCUGUGGAAAGAUGUUCUCGCAGCUGGGCUACCUGAAAGAGCACCAGAAAAUACACAGCGGCGAGAAAGCUCACAUGUGCUCGGUGUGCGGGAACAGCUUCUCUAGAGCCAAAUAUCUGAAAGAGCAUCAGAAGGUCCAUACGGGAGAGAAACCCUACAAGUGCUCACAUUGUGACAAGAGCUUCAGUCAGUCAGGGAACCUGAAAAUACACGAGAGAGUUCACACCGGAGAGAAGCCGCACCGCUGCCCGCCAUGUGGAAGGAGUUUCGUCACAUCCAGCGCUCUGCUGUCUCAUCGAAGGAAAUGUCGCCAAAAGUUGUCGUAG